AAAAAGUCCAGCAAGAGUAAGCGUUUUCUCAUCCUGAGUUAACCCCAGCCGCACUAGUUCGUGUCUUUCCACUGUUCACACUUAGCCGCAUGGAUUUUUUCCCAUUCCUUCAGCUCUUUGACAAUCAACCGCACUUACGAGUUCAUGUUUUUUUUUUCAUUCGCUGCCCAACACAAAAGCAGUCGCAGGGAUUUCAUUCUUAACAGCCGUAGGUAGAAGAUAGCCGCACAUGCAUUUUAUUCCUUCUCUACAUUCAGCCGCAGCAGCAACUAGAUCAAGCAGCAAUUGUUCUUUUCUUCUCUCUCGUAGAAGAGCCGCAGCACCAAGAAAAGACUCAGGAAUUGCAUAAGCUUCAGUUUCUUCAAUUUCUUUCAAUUCAAUUUAGCUUUUGAGCAAGCAUUGUAAGUGUUAGAAGUUUUUACAUUACUAGUUUUAUACUUUGGAUUGAAUUUCGAAUCUAUCUGUCUCAAACUAGUAAUUUUUCCAUUAAAUACUCAUAUUUAAGUUUUUAUUUCUAGCUCGGUAUCAUUCGUAUCAAUAUUAUUCAUGUUAAUUUUAAUUAUGAGUAGCUAAUUCCAUAUAGGGUUUGAAUUGGGGCUAGGGUUCAUGGGUUCUUUAGGGUGUGAAUUUAGUUUAUGAAAUUCAAUUAAUUUUCUGGAAAGUUGUAUAAGAUUGGUCAUAAUUGUCUAUAUGAAUUUGAUCACCUCAUAUAUGAAUGUCUGGUUUUAAUUCAACUCUUGUCUAUGAGAAAUUGAGUUGAAUUAGCAUGAGUCUUAUACAAGCAAUCUGAUCUUAGAAAUAAGUUAGGAUUGUGAUAAUUCAUUUUAAUUCUUGUCGAUGAGAAUUGAUUUCUUUUUCUAUUCAGGAGUAAUUGAAAAUUAAUUCACUUAAUUCUAAUCCCGAAAGAACACCCAGAACCCGAACCAUCCAAUUUGAACCCUGUUUUAAUAUCUAGAAUCAGUUUACUUUUUUUACUCUAUUUUUUUUGCACUCGCUGUUAGUUAGUUUACUUUUUUUUAUCACCCGAAAACACUUUAUUCGGAAAGAUUACCAUGACUUGUGCUAGCCUGUGAUCACGGACUGUAUUUAAAACUUCCUUUUUGCCACUCCUUGAGAGACGAUACUCGUGGUCUGGUUAUUCUACAGGUUAACCAACUACGUUUUACUCACUAAAAAAUACACCGAUCAAAUGGCGCCGUUGCCGGGGAGUGGCACGGUUGUUUGUUAAGUACUUUCUGUGGAAUAGGUAAAAGCAAGUCGGUGAGACUUUCUAUUUCUUUUCUGUUAUUUGUUUUUGGUGUUCUUUGCGUGUGAACUAAGUUGCAGGAACCAGUGCAUGCACAAUCGCUCCUUGGGGGAACAAGAUUUAAUUGCAGGUUAUUCAGAUCCUGAACGCUUAUUCCGAGGAAGAGCUAAAAGGCGAUUGCUAGAAGAAUUAAACAAAAUGGCCGAUGAGACAACUCUGGAGAAGUUGACGCCUAACUAUGUGGCGAGAAAUAGCAUUGGUGCACCCACCAUUGAGGCCAACAAUUUUGAAAUCAAGCCGGCCAUGAUGCAGAUGCUUGCUAAUAAUCCAUUCUGCGGAUACGCCCAUGAAGAUCCAAUGGAGCAUAUUGAGAGCUUUAUUCAGACAUGUGCCACAUUCAAAUACAAUGGGGUAUCAAGCGAGGCAGUGAGGUUGACCUUAUUUCCAUUCUCGUUGAGAGACAAGGCAUCGCGGUGGCUCCGUAGCUUUCCAAACGGGCAUUUUGAUACAUGGGAGAAGCUUCAUCAGGCAUUUAUGCAGGAGUAUUUUCCUUCCUCUGCCGCUAUCAAAGUUCAGACAGAAAUUCUCAACUUCACUCAAGCUCCGAUCGAAACUUUCAGUGAAGCAUGGGAUAGGCUGAAGACGCUGAGAAGGAAGUGUCCAGAAACAUUCAUGAAUUCAACAACCAUUAUGUGCAGAUUUUAUAAUGGUCUUCGGAUGAAGUAUAUGAGAGAACUAGACCGGGCAUCUCAGGGGGGCAUGUUUCUAAAAUUGUCCCUAGAGGCAGAAGAGCAGAUAAUAGAGAAUUUGGCUUCAAAUGAUAAAUAUUGGUACGCGAGCAAGGAGAGAGCUCAAAAUCCACCCGAUCUACUCAAUUUAGAUCCCAUCACUUCACUCACAGCGAAGAUCGAGGAACUAGUAGUGGAUGUCAAAGUCUUGAAGGCACAGACCUCUCAGCGGCAACAUGUUCACAAUAUUGGGGCAUAUCAGCCCUCUUAUCCUAUGUAUUCUACCCCACUUCCAGUUCGAACAAGUUAUCCAAGUCCAAAUGGACAAGAACUAGCUCUAUCUUGUGAAAUGUGCAUGGGAUCUCACCUCACUCACACCUGUCCGUGAUGUGAAUUUCAUGGAAUACGGUCAAGGCCAGAGAGCUGGUGGGUAGUUUUUCAACAAUCAAGUUCAGAGAGGAAACUUUCAGAAAGGAGGAGGCUCGUGGAGACCUGAAAAUAAGAAUCAGGGGUAGCGGAAUGCUCCCAAUUACCAAGCAAAUUUUCAGAAUAAAGGCAAUCCAAAUCAGCCCGCUUAUGUCCCGCCUCACCAUAGACAGCUUGAACCACCUCCGAUAAAUGCAGCGCUAGAGAAAACAAUGGCUGAAUUAGCCAAAAAUCAAGCGGAGAUGCACCAGCGUUUCAGCAACCUAGAAGCUCUUAUCCGCCAGCUUGGUUCAGUUGCUCCUAGAGAACCAGGCAGCCUUCCGAGUUCAACAGAACCCAAUCCAAGGGAGCAAGUGCAGGCUGUUACACUACGCAGCGGGAAGACCCUUACAGAUGUUAAUACUCCACCAUUGCCUCAACAAAAUGAUGACCAGCGGCAUCAAGACCCGAAAUCCCAGGAGGUUGAAGAAGAACCAGUGGCUGUCCCUAUUCCUUCCAGGAGUAAUGAAGCUCAGAAAGAAGAUUCUCUGAAGAAAGAGAGGAGUAAGACCACUCCACCUCUCCCGUUCCCUACACGGGUGAAGAGAAGCAAUGAUAACACGAACCUGAUUAGAUUUAUGGAGCAUGUGAAGCAGCUUCAUAUUAAUGUCCCAUUCAUAGAAGCUUUGACGGAGAUGGCGAGGUACACAAAAUUUCUUAAGGAUCUCCUCACGAAAAAGAGGAGGUGGGAAGAGCCGGAAGUGGUGGAUCUUAAUGCGGAAUGUUCAGCAGUUGUUCUGAAGACCAUGCCUCCGAAGCUAAAAGACCCAGGGAGUUUUACUGUACCUUGUUCUAUUGAAAAUUUUAUGUUUAAUAAUGCUUUAGCUGAUUUAGGAUCUAGCAUCAAACUGAUGCCUUCCUCUGUGGUCAUGAAACUUGGCAUGGGUGAACUAAAGCCCACUCGUAUGAGCCUUCAGCUAACGGACCGAUCGGUGAAAUAUCCGAAAGGAAUUCUAGAGGAUGUAUUAGUACGAGUGGACAAGUUCAUAUUCCCUGUUGAUUUUGUGGUCAUGGACAUGGAGGAAGGUCGUGAGACUCCACUUAUUUUAGGGAGGCCCUUUCUAGCUACCGCUAGGGCCCUUGUCAAUGUUGCUGCUGGUUCACUUUCUCUGAGAGUUGAGGACGAUGUGUGCACUUUUAAACUCUGAGAGGUGAUGAGUAAGGCCUCAGACCCCGCUGAAUCAUGCCAUUAUCUUGAUAUGUUUGAGUCAGUGGAGGGGUAUUUAUUUGGAGGCGAUAGUGAUAUUACCCCACCUGUUAGUGACAUUCAUUAUGUGGAAUAUAUGGUGGCUGAAAAUGAAGAAGAAAUGAUUGUUGCUUGCGAGCAGGUGAUUAGGGAUGAUGUUUUCCCUACGUUGCUUACUGAGUUUGAGGAGCAGCCCACCGAUAAGGUUACUCAUGAACUCAAACCGCUCCCUAGUCACCUGGAGUAUGCAUUUUUAGACACACAUGGCCAACACCCUUUCAUUAUUUCAGCCCAUUUAGAGUCGAGACAGAAGGAAAAAUUGAUGGAUGUCCUUAGGCGUCACGAGCAAGUCAUUAUGCGUAAGCUUGAGGAUCUUCGUGGGAUUAGCCCAACCUUCUGUACCCACAAAAUGAAGUGUGAGGAGGGGUAUAAACCAGUCGUGCAACCGCAACGACGUUUAAACCCCAAGAUGAUAGAAGUGGUAAAGGUAGAAGUCCCGAGGCUUCUGGAUGUGGGUAUAAUUUACCGAAUUUCAGAUAGCCAAUGGGUUAGCCCUACUCACGUGGUCCCCAAGAAGGGGGUAUGACGGUGAUUCAGAAUGAGAACGGGGAACUCCUACCUAGUAGGAUGGUGACCGGGUGGCGGAUGGUCGUUGAUUAUCGUAAACUAAAUUAGGCCACUCGGAAGGAUCAUUUUCCCUUACCUUUUAUUGAUCAGUUGAUUGAGAGUUUGGAGGGCAUGCUUAUUAUUGUUUCCUUGACGGGAUGAGCAGGUACUUUCAAGUACACGUUGAUCCCGUUGACCAGGAAAAGACCACUUUUACUUGCCCAUUUGGGACAUUUGCAUUUCGUAGGAUGUCUUUUGGUCUAUGCAAUGCCCCUGCCACAUUUAUGCGUUGCAUGAUUGCUAUCUUUAAGAAGUUUAUUGGUGAUUUUAUGGAGGUUUCUAUGGAUGACUUCUCUAGUUUUGGGGAGUCAUUUGAUGAAUGCCUCCAUAAUUUAGAGAAGGUGUUGAUUAGGUGUGAGGAGACCCACUUGGCCUUGAGUUGGGAAAAGUGUCACUUCAUGGUCAAGGAGGGUAUUGUGCUAGGUCAUAAGGUGUCAUUUAAGGGUAUUGAGGUUGACAAGGCGAAAAUUGAGGCCAUUGAGAAACUCCCGCCUCCAAUGACUGUAAAAGCUGUCCGUAGCUUCCUUGGGCACACCAACUUCUACCGUCGCUUUAUUCGGGAUUUCUCAAAAAUAGCCAAACCUCUCACCUGUUUGCUUGAGAAAGAUGCUGAUUUUUUGUUUGAUGAUGAAUGUUUGCUUGCUUUUAACUGUUUGAGACUUAAGUUGAUGGAAGCUCUAGUUUUAGUUGCUCAAGAUUGGGAAAUCCCUUUUGAGCUAAUGUGCGAUGCUAGCGAUCAGGUGGUCGGGGCCAUUCUUGGCCAACGGAAGGAUAAUCACUUCCGCCCCAUCUAUUACGCUAGCAAAACCUCAGCGGGACCCCAAUUGAAUUAUACCACUACAGAGAAAGAGCUUCUAGCUAUUGUGUAUGCUUUGGAGAAGUUUAGGUCGUAUAUUAUUUUAUCUGAAGUAAUUAUCUACACCGAUCAUUCGGCGUUGAGAUAUUUAUUUCAGAAGCACGACUCUAAACCUAGACUUCUCCGUUGGAUUUUGUUGUUGCAGGAAUUUAACAUAGAGAUUAGGGACCGGAGGGGUUCCGCCAAGCAAGCAGCUGAUCAUUUAUCACGAUUAGAUGCUGACUUGGUAGACUCUUUCGGUAAUGAUGUUAUUGAAGAACUUUUUCCUGAUGAACAUCUUUUGCAGGUUGAGAUUGGAUCUGAGGUACCCUGGUAUGCAGACAUAGCCAACUACUUAGUAGGCGAUGUUGAGCCUACCGGGCUAUCUCGACACAUGUUAAAAAAGUUUCUGUCUGAUGCUAAGUAUUAUUUCUGGGAUGAUCCUUAUUUGUUCAGGAUUUGUGCUGACCAAGUAGUACGAAGGUGCAUUCCUGAGGGUGAAAUGAAUGAGAUUAUUUACCAUUGUCAUGCUGGCCCCACUGGGGGGCAUUUUUCUGGUAAUAGGACAUCCAAAGGAGUGUUAGAGUGUGGGUAUUAUUGGCCCACGUUGUUCAAAGAUGCGAAUGCUUAUGUUGCCUCAUGCGAUAGGUGUCAACGGGUAGGAAAUAUUUCUAAACGAGAUGAGAUGCCCCAGACAUAUCUAUUGCCUUGUGAAGUUUUUGAUGUCUGGGGGAUUGAUUUUGUAGGCCCGUUCCCUAGCUCAAGAGGCAAUAAAUUUAUUUUAGUCGCUAUUGAUUAUGUGUCGAAGUGGGCAGAGGCUAUUGCGAGCCCUACUAAUGAUGCUAGAGUGGUUGUGCGUUUUGUAAAACAAUUGUUUUCUAGGUUUGGAGUCCCCAAAGUUUCGUAAUGAUCCGCUAGCUCAUGUUUUGUCUAAAUAUGGGGUUCAACAUCGGCAAGGAGUAGCCUACCACCCCCAAACUCAGGGGCAAGUUGAGAAUGCAAAUCGGGAUCUUAAGGUUAUCCUAGAAAAAACUGUAGCGCAAACUCAUAAGGAUUGGUCAGAAAAAUUAGAUGACGCGCUAUGGGCUUUUAGGGCAGCUUAUAAGACCCCGAUUGGUACUACUCCUUUCCGAUUAGUUUAUGGAAAGUCUUGUCAUUUACCUAUGGAGGUAGAGCAUAGGGCACUUUGGGCUUUAAGGAUUGUUUGUCGUGAUUCAUCUAGUGCAGGUAAGGAGCGGUUCUUUCAGCUGAAUGAAUUGGAUGAGUGGAGGGCUCAAGCCUUUCAUAAUUCAUACUUAUACAAAGAGAGAGUAAAGCAGGCUCAUGACAAGCACAUUAAGGCGGACCGCCUGUUUGCGGAGGGGGAGAAGGUGUUGUUGUAUAAUUCAAGGUUGAAACUUUUUCCUGGGAAGCUGAAGUCCCGAUGGAUGGGACCAUACACCGUACGUCGAGUAUAUCCCUAUGGAAGUGUGGAGAUUGAGCAUAAUGACGGCCGGGUUGUCAAAGUCAACGACAACCAACUCAAGCACUAUUUUGGGGGAAUUUUUGAAAAGGAGAAGGAGGUUUUAAGCCUCGAACCUGUCUUUGAAUGAGAUUUUAUCUUCAAGCUAGUGACGUUAAAGAAGCGCUUCUGGAAGGCAACCCACCAAAAAAACAAAAAAAAAAUAUAAAAAAAAACUAAAAAAAUAUUAGGAGUUUAGUAUCUCUUGUUUAUGCAUUUUUGUCCUUGUUUUUGUGUUUUCAUCUCGGAGUUGUGCGGUUGGAUUUCUUUGCCUUGAAUUGCAGGUGUGGCAUGGGAGUUCAUGAACUGAUUUUGGAAGAAUUGCAUCCCUAUGUAGAUGAGGUUACUCAGGGCUACACACUGCAGUUCCUUCACUGCAUGCCCGGGCGCGAUAUGAGGGCUGGUCGGAACUUCAAGCAAUUGCAGGGUUAAUGGUUGGAGACCUAUACAUGCUUAAGAAGUUGGGAUCUUUGGACAGAAACUUAGUACCAUCAGAGGGAGAGAUUGACCAGCUGUUGGGAGAUUCGGGAUGGCAUCACAUGCUGAUUUUUUAUGACCAGAGCAACUGCUCAUUAACAGUAGACCGCAUGAACUAUUUCUCUGUUGGUAGGAGCAUCACAGUACAUAAGGGAAGAAACGAUUGGAUGGCUAACCCACUCCCAUCGGGUUCAGCGGAAAGGAUUUUAGCCUUCCAGUGGCAGAAUUCAGCAGCUUCUACACAUCUAGCAGAGUCAUUUCAUACUUAAGGUCAUGGCUCUAAGCGCACUAUACAGACUUCUCAUAACCAGAGACUGAUGGGCUAUCCGAUGCUGAGUUUUAUGUUAGUCUGGAGGUUAUUCACUGCAGUUUGGCUUAUACGGUAAUCUGUCAACUCUUACUACAUUGCUAAAAAUGUGUAUUUACUGUCUUAUUACUCCUUUGUUGAAUUGUGUUGAUUAUUAUUCUGAUUAUGAUGUGCCACCGGGCUGAAAACCAUUUUAUUCUUUAACUUGCCCCCGUUAUUUCUGUUUUUAAUUUUUUCCGUGAUAUUGAGGGCGAUGUCAUUCCUAAGUGUGGGGAGGUUUGGUUGUAACUUGGACAAAGCAUUUGGUGAUGAAAUUGUUUCGCUCAAACAUUUUGAGGUGCACGAGGUUCUUUUCUGGUUUAGCAACGCAAUAGAGACAUUUUGAGAAUCGUGUUAAGAUUAAUUUGGCACAGCAGCCCAACAAAAAAAAGGAGAGCAUUAAUCUGAAGCACCCAAAAAGUCCAGCAAGAGUAAGCGUUUUCUCAUCCCGAGUUAACCCCAGCCGCACUAGUUCGUGUCUUUCCACUGUUCACACUUAGCCGCAGGGAUUUUUUUCCAUUCCAUCAGCUCUUUGACAAUCAGCCGCACCUAUGAGUUCAUGUUUUUUUUUCAUUCGCUGCCCAACACAAAAGCAGUCGCAGGGAAUUCAUUUUUAACAGCCGUAGGUAGAAGAUAGCCGCACAUGCAUUUUAUUCCUUCUCUUCAUUCAGCUGCAGCAGCAACUAGAUCAAGCAGCAAUUUUUCUUUUCUUCUCUCGUAGAAGAGCCGCAGCACCAAGAAAAGAUAUCGGAAAUGCAUAAGUUUCAGUUUCUUCAAUUUCUUUCAAUUCAAUUUAGCUUUUGAGCAAGCAUUGUAAGUGUUAGAAGUUUUUACAUUACUAGUUCAAUACUUUGGAUUGAAUUUCGAAUCUAUCUGUCUCAAACUAGUAAGUUUUCCAUUAAAUACUCAUAUUUCAGUUUUUAUUUCUAGCUCGGUAUCAUUCGUAUCAAUACUAUUCAUGUUAAUUUUAAUUAUGAGUAGCUAAUUCCAUAUAGGGUUUGAAUUGGGGCUAGGGUUCAUGGGUUCUUUAGGGUGUGAAUUUAGUUUAUGAAAUUCAAUUAAUUUUCUGGAAAGUUGUAUAAGAUUGGUCAUAAUUGUCUAUAUGAAUUUGAUCACCUCAUAUAUGAAUGUCUGGUUUUAAUUCAACUCUUGUCUAUGAGAAAUUGAG